CACCCUGCAGUCUCCUGCAACUAUCGUCAUAUUGAUUUAUAUAAAUGUUCGGGCGGGUUCACAACGUGUCAAGGUCGAAAUUCGUCCCUUGGUGUGGUCCACCACCGCCACAGCAUCAUCAACCCUCGUCCAAAUUCAGUCGACACUUGUGAAUUGGCUCGAUUCAACUUCGAACUUAACUUAACGAUUUCAUUCGAUUAUUCAAAACGGAGAAACAAAAGAAAACUCCCCUGGUCUACGCGAUUAUGAUUCCAUCCGGGUCUCGACCUGGACCACCUGUUAAGAACAAACCAAGACCGCGGGCGAGUUGUUCACCCUGCUGCUGCCUGGAGAAUGAUUCGCGAGCGAUGUGCGCGUUCGGCUUCUGCCUAGGAAUAAUCUUAGUUAUAUUUGUCGCUGCGAUGGUUAUAAAUCCAGGUGUUUAUAACAACAACGAUCAAAUCGAUGUCGUCUAUACUUGGGUGAACGGCUCCGAUCCCAGAUUCCUGGCGAAUCUGAAGGUCAUCAGCGCUUUCUUGGACAAGGGCUCUAUCGAUCUGUCGCCGCAACGAUACGACGACAAAUUGGAAUUGAAAUAUUCGUUACGCUCUUUGGAGGUGUACGCGCCUUGGAUCAGGAAAGUGCACAUAGUCACAAACGGUCAAAUACCGAAUUGGAUAAGCUUAUUCAAUCCCAAACUGAACAUUGUCCAGCACAAGGAUAUCUUCGAGAAUCUAGAACAUCUGCCAACAUUCUCGAGUCCAGCAAUCGAAUUCCAUCUGCACAAGAUCCGCGAUAUCACAAAACGCUUCAUCUAUUUCAACGACGAUACAUUCUUGGGUAAACCUGUCUACUACGAGGACUUUCACACGGUUCAGAAAGGAUACUCCAUAUACCUGAGUUGGCCUAUACCGCCUUGCGCGGAGGACUGUCCAUGGAUGUACGUCAACGACGGACAAUGCGACUCGCAAUGUUACAAUCCUUCCUGUCAGAUGGAUGGAAAUGAUUGUGUUAAUGCGGAGAAGGACGAGCAAGGCAGACUGGUGCAAAGUAAAUACGACAAGUACGAUGUUAUGGAAACUGCAGUCGAUGGAACGACGGAGACGAUUCCAAAGAACAUCCUUACUUCGCUGAAUUCCUCCACUCAUGAUAUACCGAGACUUGUGAACAAUUUGAAUGUCGGCAUAGUGAAGAGCAAUAGGAUUAAGAGAAGGUUACGAUCGGCCAAGAGUCAUAGCAGAAAGAAACGCGUCAAAACUGUCGAUGCGUACGGGGAAUCUCUUCAGUACAGUAAUAAAGUGUUGAACAAGAGGUACGGCUACAAGACUCGCCAUGUGGCAGCGCACGCUCCGAUCCUAAUUGACGUACCGAUCAUGAUCGCAAUGUCGAAAGCGUUUAAGAAGGAAAUAUACAAGACCAGCAGCAGCAGAUUCCGCAGUCCCGAUGAUCUUCAGUUUGCAUUUACUUACUAUCACUACCUCAUGGAGGAGACAUUGCAAGUCAGCGUGGGUGAGAUCUUUGAUAAGUUCGACACCGACAAAUCCAAGACUUGGUCUGAUAGGGAAAUCCGCACUAUAAUGACUAAAAUUUACGAUCUACCGUUGAGCUACGGAACCGUCGAACAUUUCGAAUGGAUUUUAUCUAAUUGUACCAACGGCGAUGAAGAACAGAACAUACCAGUUCCUGUUGAUGAUAGAUACUCUGACUCUAAAUUGUCGGUUAUCACCCGAGAUAUGGUAUUAAAAUGUCACUUACUAGGAAAGCUGCUGAAGAAACAAUUUGGCAGAAAACCAAAGUACAAUUUCGAAGUUAUCAACAACGCGCAUUUCGGCGACGUCACCUUCAAAAUGCUUAGCUCGAACGUCAGCGAUGUAGCCGGUCAAUUGGACGAAAUUCGACGCAAACCCACCAAGUUCGUGUGUCUAAACGACAAUUUAGAUGCGAGCCGAGUGGACGACAACGAAUUCGUGAAGACUGUCCUCCACGAUUUCUAUCAGUCGAUACUUCCGAUUCCCAGCGAGAGCGAACUUUCCGACUACCGCAAUCGUUUCCAAUACUUGGACGACUUCAACAACUGGAGAUUCGAGCGAAUUGCAAUGCGGGCCACUGUGUUGGGCGUCUUCCUAUCGCUGUGCUUCUACGCGAUUUAUUUGAAGAUGCAACAGUCGAACAUUGGUAUAGUCAACGUAAUCUAGGAUUUUAAGUUCUCAGAACAAUGGAGCAAUCGGUAAAUUAUUACGAAGUUCUUUAACUCGAUGUUGGAUGUCUGUAGAUUACUAAUCUUAUAUAUCUAUUUAUCACUAUAUUCAGUAGAUUUCCAGAAUUUAACAAAAAUAGAUACGUUAGACUCAAUGCGUGAGCUUUAAGUAAAUCAUUAAAUGAAUGUAUGCAUGCAUAUAACCAGUAUAUUGGAAUAUAAUUUAACUAAAUCUACGUGUCAAAAUAGUAAUACGUUUAUUAAUAUUAUUAUAAUACAGGGUGUAGACACCAAUAGAAGUCAUAUAUGGGUGAUAUAAGAUAAUAUAGGCAAAUUACUAAUAAUUACGUGUACAUAUAUUUUUUUUUAUUUUAUUAAUUAAUUUAUACGCACAUAGAAUUUAAUGUUUAUUUUGUUCAUAUUUAAUUUGGUUAUUUAAGCCGUUUUCCGAAUCUGAUUCAAAGCAAAUCAGAAAGUUCAAGAUUCUAAAGCAUAAGUGAAUACUUUGCAGUUCAAGACAACAACAAGUCUUGAACCUUGUAAUACUUUAGAUAAGAUGCCAACUAUAUUAUAUAUAUAUAUGUACUGAGAGCAUGGGAUGAAUGAAAAAAACUGGUAAUUUUAACAACAGCAAGACACAUUGUCGACAACGGUGGUCUUUAAAAAUUAACUAUAACUAUGUUAUAAAUUAGGGUAAGGAAAUUUCAUUUGUUGGGGUUCAACCCUAAUGUAGUUUAUAGAAGUUAUUUUUGUGUUUGACAUUAUCCAAUCUGCAUCGCAGAUCAUAACGAAAGUACGGCAAAGGAUUCGGCAUCCCUUGCGUAGGGAUGCAGACCUUCUUGUAGUUUGUAGCUAAUUUUAAGGAUUAUUUAUAAGAUGUGUAGACUAGUCAUAUUUGUAAAUCUAGUUCAGAGUUUCUCAACCGAAAACUGUAUGUGUAA